UUCAAUGCACCAAUCACUUGCGGAGGAGCAUAUGCCUACUUCCCUACACUGGAAAGAGCGAGYGGGUAAAUAGACUGGCGGAGCAUACACUGAUCCAUCACACUAAAAACCUGCAAAGAUCGCCUGUGAGACUGCUGCAACUACGCUAUAGGCCAUUGAUAUCGCGUUCAUUUCUGGUCAAUUGGUAAGGGGGACAAAGUGUCCAUAACACAAGGAAAUGGCAGGUAUUUUGGCAUGGUUUUGGAACGAGAGAUUUUGGCUCCCUCACAAUGUAACCUGGGCUGACCUAAAAAACACAGAUGAGGCAACCUUCCCGCAAGCUGAGGAUUUGUAUCUGGCUUGUCCUUUAGCCUUCUGCAUAUUUAUGAUUCGACUGGUUUUCGAAAGGUUUAUUGCCAGACCAUGUGCCUUGGGUCUCAAGAUACAAGCCAAUGGACCACAGAAAGCGCAGCCCAAUGCCAUUUUGGAGAAGGUGUUCACUGCUAUCACCAAGCAUCCAGAUGAGAAGAGGUUGGAGGGUCUGUCCAAACAGCUGGACUGGGAUGUACGGACCAUCCAGCGCUGGUUCCGACAGCGCAGGAACCAGGAGAAACCCAGCACGUUGGCUCGCUUUUGUGAGAGCAUGUGGAGAUUUACAUUUUACCUCUAUAUAUUUACCUACGGAGUACGUUUCCUUAAAAAGACACCAUGGUUAUGGAACACAAGAGAGUGCUGGUACGACUAUCCUUAUCAGCCACUGACGGUGGACAUCCACUAUUACUAUAUACUGGAGUUGUCGUUCUACCUGUCCCUACUCUUCUCCCAGUUCACAGAUAUCAGAAGAAAGGACUUCCUGAUCAUGUUCCUGCACCACCUGGCGACAAUCUCCCUCAUCACCUUUGCCUACGUCAACAACAUGGCUAGAGUGGGCACGCUGGUCAUGUGUCUCCACGACUCCGCCGACGUCCUGGUGGAGGCUGCCAAAAUGGCAAACUAUGCCAAGUUUCAGAGACUUUGCAACCUCCUGUUUGUCAUGUUUGCAAUGGUCUUCAUCAGCUCCAGACUGGGUGUCUAUCCUGUCUGGAUUUUAAACACUACCUUGUUUGAGAGCUGGGAGAUCGUGGGGCCGUACCCCUCCUGGUGGGUGUUCAACAUGCUGCUGAUCCUGCUGCAGUUCCUGCACUCCUUCUGGUCCUACCUCAUAGUGAAGAUAGCCUGUCGAGCCAUCUCCAGAGGAAAGGCAGGGAAGUGGAAUCCUUUACAUGUGUCGAAAGACGACCGCAGUGACAUUGAGUCCAGCUCGGACGAGGACAACGGUCCUCCGCCCACUCCUGUUCAGAAGCACCACAACAGCACCACCAACGGGACCAAUAAAGUCCACGGGACCAAUGGGUACCUGUCAGCAGGGGCCCCUUGUCUAGAUGAACACUGACCGCUGUUAUGAGACAUUUAUAAGUACUGGAGCAAAGCUGCACACACCAUUCAUAGAUACUACAUGUGUGCCACAUGAACAACAUUGCCUGUCUGGUACUGGAAGUUCUUAGUUUUCAGUUUGAUUAUUUCCAUGUUUCCCCUCAUUUUAUUAUCUUUCUCUAUAUUUGCAUCAAACUGCAUUCAAUGAAAUAUCAAAGCACUCCUGUCGGUACAGCCCAGUCUCUCUGUUUAGCCAACGAAUGAACGCAUUCCACUAUUAUGGCGAAAGCAUGCUGUUUAAACAUAGUCUGACUGGCAUACUGGGGGUAGUUAAUUAUGUUAUGUGUCUUUUAUGUUAUUUAUUUUGGAUAGAUAUACAGUACCAGUCAAAAGUUUGGACACCUACUCAUUCCAGGAUUUUUC